GGGUGCUGGGUAAGAAACAGCGUUACUCCAGUGGUGAUCAGAACAUCAUGGCGGCUGGGUCUCCGAUCGGUGGCAUUCCUUGCUUGCUGAUAGAGAUAGUGAAGGAGCCAGUUGGCGGCUCAGCUGGUCUGGGGUUCAGCAUAGGGGGAGGGAUCGACCAGGAUGCCAGCAGAAAUCCAUGGGCACCUGAUGACACGGGCAUAUUUGUGACCAAUGUUAUGCCCGAUGGACCAGCAGCAAGAGCAGGGCUGAAUCCGGGGGACAAAAUAUUACAGGCUAAUGGCUACGACCUGACAAUGGCCACACACAAGGACGCCAUCAAAUACCUGACCAAGAAGAAAGAACAGGUCAUACGGCUGAAAAUCUUCAGACCAGACAUCCUGCGAACUAGAGGGAACCCUGCCAUGUAACGUGCCGAGUGAUUGUGUGAUUCCGUAGUUGUCUUUUUGUGGCUGUUCAUUGUAGACCAGCUAUGCCUUACAAGAAGAAAGAUAGAGAGCAGCGAGUUGGCAGAAUGUACUACGCCUGCGCAAAACCCUGACUUUUUGCAGUUUUCGUCAGAUUUUUGGUCACAGUUGCAUCAGAAUUUUGCCUGUUGCAGAGGAUAUCUUUUCCGACACAACAUUUGGAAACUACAGACGGGAUGCUAACCUUAUAUGCGCGAA